GUAUGUGUAAAACUGUGUCUGUUUUACGCUAUUACGAUGACGGUGACCGACACGAGAGCAAAUUCGCAGAGUGGUUGUGCACAGUGAACUGCAGGACUACGACGGCUACGCUACGAAUUUCACGAUUUGAGUUGAUUCAGUGGUGCAUGGUGGAAAAUAGUUGGCUGCCUAUUUCUGCACAGUUAUCAUUGUUGUCAAUUGUGUUGUGGAUUAGUGGGUGUUUUUUUUUUGUUCUAAACGCUGGUGCUUGUUUACCGAACGGAGAAACCAGACAAAGCCACUUUUCCCUCACUGAGGUUGAUGGGAAUCAUCAGCCAGUGACGGAGACACAUACGGCACACACAAAAAUACACCGAUGUGAAAAGAGAAGUACGAGAACGUGAAGAAGCACAAAAAAGGUUCGAGAAAAGCAAAUGAAUGAAAAUAGUUUCAGCUAAAUAAGGAAGAAUUUCGUCAAUCACUAGAUAUCGUGUUUAGAAAAUUCUAGCUAAAUUAUCGCUUUGAUUUACCGGUUUGGAAUACCUGAAAUAGCGACGUAGUUUGUACGAGUUCGUAAAGUGUUGCAUAGAAAAAGAAUAUAAGAAAAAAUCUACUCCAGGUUUUGUUAUUUAAAAUAUCCAUAUAGGAGGUGGAUUAUUUUUGUUGAGUGGUAUUUUCAAUGUAAAACAUUGGAGCAACACCGUAGUACAAGUAGUGGCUAGCACUGUCAGGAAUACAAUUUUAAACUGGACUAGGAGGAGCCAGAAUACUGAGAUUUUCGAUUCGGGCAAAUUAUGAUUGUUCGGAAGAGACGAAUCAUCACUUGAAGUGAGCAGUGCAGUGUGCCGUCAUCUAGUGAAUCCCCACGAGGGACAGACAGUGUUUACACUGGGCCAGAAAGAAAGCAGGCAGCAGCCAUAAUGCUGGCACCAGGAAUCCGUGUCGUACGUGGACCUAACUGGAUCUGGCAAAAUCAAGAUGGCGGCGAAGGACACGUCGGAACGCUCUGCGAAGUAGGUCGUUCCGGGUCGACACAUUCACCGGAGAAAACGGUUGUAGUGAACUGGGACUCCGGCCAUCGGACCAAUUACCGGGUAGGUUACCAGAAGCAGUACGAUCUGAUUGUGGUGGAUAACGCGCAAAUCGGGGUGAAACAUCCGAACAUCAUCUGCGACGGCUGUACCAAACCGGGCAUCGCCGGAAUUAGGUUUCGCUGUGCGGAUUGUUCCAACUAUGACUUAUGUGCCACAUGCUACGGGAACGACGUACACGAUUUAGAGCACUCGUUCAUUCGUUACCAGACGUCGAAUUCGGUCGGUGUUUGCGUUCCGCCACGUAAGGAAGCUAUCAAAGUACAGCUGAAAGGUAUUUUCGUUGGAGCACGGGUUGUACGUGGACCGGACUGGGAGUGGAACAACCAGGACGGAGGACCAACCAAGACCGGGCGGGUUAUGGAAAUUCGUGGCUGGGACAACGAAUCGUGUCGAAGCGUAGCGAAUGUAUCUUGGGCAUCAGGGUCGACGAACGUGUAUCGAUUAGGACACAAAGGUAACGUGGAUUUACGGUACGUGCAGCCAGCAGUUGGAGGAUAUUAUUAUAAGGACCAUAUGCCGGUUUUAGGUCAACCAGAAGAGCAGCAACCGGUAUCUCCCCCGGUUCGCUCGCAUUUCAAUGUUGGUGAUCGCGUUCAGGUUGCCAUUCCGGAGGCAAGAUUGAUGGCACUGCAACAGGGCCACGGUGGAUGGAAUCCACGAAUGGCCGAAUAUCUGGCGAAGAUUGGCAUUGUUCAUAGAAUCACGGACAAGGGUGAUAUUCGAGUGCAGUACGAAGGUUGCGCUAACCGGUGGACGUUUCAUCCGGCGGCGCUCAUUAGGAUUUAUAGUUUUGCUGUAGGAGACAUUGUUACCUUCAUCACGGAUGCUGCGAAGAUGCAGCAGCUGCAGAAAGGUCACGGCGAGUGGGUGGAGACGAUGCACAAUGUGCUGGGAAAGUCGGGUAAAGUGAUCAAAAUUUACGGUGAUGGUGAUUUGCGAGUGCAACAGUGUGACGACGACCUAGCGUGGACGGUCAAUCCAAAGUGUGUGAAGCUAGAGCGGUCGCUGAUAUCACAGGCGACGGCUACCGAACGGUCCAACAGUAUGAUGGAUUUGAGUAACCAGCGUACGAAUGAGCAUCACAUGACGCCACUGUCCGGACUGUCCGGGACGUCAGCUGCCGAUCGCCUGGUGCGUGAAGCUGCUCAAGGAAAUAUGGAUUUCGUGCAGAAUUAUCUCAGUGCCAACUUGGAGGAAGUAGAUUGCGUAAGCGGUGGUAAGACCUGCCUGCAGGUGGCCGCCCACCAAGGUCACAUAGAAUUGGUCAAAUAUUUGCUUUCGAUCGGUGCCAACGUCAACGUGGUGGAUAAGGAAGGUGAUUCGACGCUGCAUUAUGCGGCGUUCGGAAAUCAGCCGGAUGUAAUGCGAGUUCUGCUCCAGCAUAAUGCCAAUAUCGAUGUGCUGAACUCGUCACACUGUUCGGCGUUACACAUUUCCGCCCACAAGAAGCCACCGUACUGUGUGAAAGUGCUGCUCGAGUUUGGGGCGAAUGUGAACGUGCAGGAUGCGUACGGGGAUACGGCACUGCACGAUGCAAUUGGCAAGGAAAAUACUGAAGUCGUGGAUCUGCUGUGUAACUGCCCCACGCUAGAUCUAACGAUCAGAAACAAAAGAGGUUUCAAUGCACUGCAUCAUGCUUCGCUGAAGGGAAAUAUUCAUGCUGCAAGGAACAUUAUUCGAUUGGCGCGGCAGCUGGUUAAUGUACGAAAAGAUGAUGGGUUUUCAGCACUUCACUUAGCAGCACUUAAUGGGCAUUCAAAAGUGGUUGAGGUUUUGGUGAAAGAAGGACAGGCAGAUAUCAACAUUAGAAAUAAUAGGAGACAGACACCGUUCUUGCUGGCAGUGUCACAGGGACAUACGGCGGCCAUUGAAAAAUUGGUUGAACUAAAGUGUGACAUUGCGGCGAAGGAUGAGGAUGGUGACAAUGCGAUGCAUUUGUGCAUCAUAAAGAAAGCAAAUCUUUUACAGGACGUAUCAAAAUCGGAUUCACCCAAAAUUUCUGAAAUGUAUAAAUCGUUGGCCCCACUCGGAAAUGAGAAUCGAUUGAUGUAUGCGUUGCUGUGCUUUCUAGCAAAGGAAGGCUGUCCAGUGGACAUGAAUUAUAAAGGAGCUCGAGUACUGGAGUGGAUACCUAGUCAACAAAUAAAGGAUAUUAUUAUUGGUUACGAGAGAAGCAGAAUCGCUAGAGAGAAAGCUUCCACUGCUCCAUCGGCUACGGAUCGAUCUUUGAACAACUCUCAAGAAGAAGAGGAAGAAGAUGUGCCAGUGAAUCAGAUGCAGUCGAAUUUAGAGGCAAUGUCGCUUGCUGGCAACAAUCUGGACGAAAAUGAAGGCAAUAAUCUGAUGUCCGAAGGAGCGGCAAGUCCCGGUACAAGUGGUCUAGGGCAAUCGAAUCCGCCGACACCGGCACGAAGAAAUCGUGGGCAUAAUCGCGAAACUGCCAUCGCAACCCCUCCACCUGUUCCAAGUCAUACACCGAAUGUAGUUGCGCAGGAUGAUGAUUCUAAGCGAAUGAACAUCGAAACUGCCGUGACCAGUGAACCACAACUAUCUGGUCCCAGUGCACCCUUAGAUAGUCCAGCACGUUUCCAAUCACCAAAUCGAGCCUUAUCGCCUACAGUAGCAGGUACACCGGAAUCCGGCGGAAGUUCGAAUAAGCAUAUCAGCCGGCGACAAUACUUGGAUAAAAAUCCAAACCCUUCUCCGGUAGUCGUCCCAUCUAGCAGUCCACCGAGUAUCAGUAGCAUCCCUCAGGAAUGUAUAGUUUGUAACGAACAGCUUUUACUGAUCGUAUUCGAACCCUGCCAGCAUCAGAUUUCCUGUGAAGAGUGUGGAUUACGAAUGAAAAAAUGUCUCUCGUGUGGUUUGUGCAUCGAACGACGCCUGACCGUUGGAGGAAAACAUUUGUUCAAUCCAAAGGACGCCCGAUUGCCGUCUGCCGAUCGUUUACGGUACCUUGAAAGUAAAAUAAUGGAAAUCGAGGAAACCCACUGUUGUAGUAUCUGCAUGGAGCGUCGCCGUAACGUGGCAUUCCUGUGCGGACACGGAGCCUGCUCGAAGUGUGCUGAACCGCUCAAAAUUUGUCAUAUGUGCCGGAAAACCAUCACGAAGAAAAUCAAUCUCUAUUGAAUAUUACAUUGUUCACAACAGCCCUCUUCAAGUUAGGUCGCGAAGUUACCAAAAAAUACGAAAUUACAAGAUAUUUACCGUUUCUUCUCCGUUCCGAAACUUUGUGCUUCAGUGUAGUCACUCCGUCUUCAAGUCAAAAACCUCUUUUUAUAGUAGAUAGUAUUGUCAAAAGAAAUGUUUCCCUUUCUACUACCAGCGUAUAACUUCUUCCUUCUUGUAAAUAAGCCGUAUCACAGGUUUACUAAGAGUAUUUAUGUGCAUGUUCUUCCAAAUUACUACAAAGAAAAGAAAAACGAAAAUAAAAAGUCAAGGGUGGUACUUUAGUGGCUGUUCAGAAGUCAAAGUUGUUUCGCUUUCGCCGAUAAUUGGCACAGUACAGUAAAAGAUGAUAGAAUCGAACCGCAUUCUAAAUGGCAGAAGAUUUUUUUCUCUGCCUUAUUAAAUUAGCCAUCCGCGUAUUCGUUGCAUAGACCAUUGCAAGCUAGCUGGAAAUGCUUUACUCGGUAAACAACCCACCCCAGACCAACACUUUUGUACCAAACCCGCGUGCACUGUGUUCUGCCAUUAUGUGACUGUUUUCCUGUUUCUAGUUAACUGUUUUAUUUAUUAUUUGAUAAUCAACGGCAGUUGAAGUUUUUGUCUAUUUUGUACACUGAAGGAAUCCAUUGUCAUUGUUUUCGCACGUAUUUUUUUUUAUAAAAAUAAUAUAAACACAAGAGCUGAACGAACAACAAAUUCUACUUGAAAUAUACGUUUUUAAUAUAUAUUGUAUAUCAAAAUACACGCGAAUACAUUACCAAAUUCGAUUGUUAUAAAAAUCAUGAAGAAAAUGUGAAGAAGUUGUUUGUACGCACACAAGACAUGAAGCAUACACACAUUAAUAAACUGAUAUUUAUUUCAUUGUAUAUCACAAAUAACAAGAA